AAAAAUCGACCUUGAAUGAUUCAUGGGGGGUAAAACUUUCACCGGCUGUUGGAUUCGAUAGCUCACAUUGUCCCGGUUGACGUUCCCACCAGACGAACGCCAGCAUUCAACCUGUUCUAACUUCGGAAUUUUGGACGCCAUGAGCAACUUUUCAAUCGUACUGAUACUAUGGCUAUCUGCAGCGUGCGGAGCUGACUCGUUCGCCAUCCGUUCCAAACGGGCUGAAGAAUCCUCGUCAAAUGCUACUACAAGACAGUUAGGAGGGUACGGUUUCCCGGCUCCAUACUCACCGCCAUACGGCGGUUAUAAUUCUCAUCAACAGUACCCGUCGUACGGUGGACAUCAACCAACGUUUUCAGCCUUAGGGCCUUAUCCAGGUGGGCCAUCACCUCUUUAUCAACAACAAGGAUAUGGCGUCGGCAGUUACCCUGGAGCCAGUCCUUAUGGCCAAUAUCCGUCCAACGGAAUAUAUGGGGGCUCUCCGCAGAGUUCUUACUACCCAUCUACUCCAACGCAUUCCCCUUACCCGACCAAUUCUUUUAAUCCAUCUUAUGGAACUUAUCCUCCUAACAACGGGUAUGGUAACUACAACCCAUCGAUUCAAGGUGGGUCCUACAAUCCAUCAAUUCAAAGUGGAUUGUACCAUCCACAAAUUCAAGGUGGAUCCUACAAUCCACCAAUUCAAGGUGGAUCUUACAAACCACCAAUUCAAGGUGGAUCGUACAAUCAACCCAUUCAAGGUGGAUCAUACAAUCCUACGAUUUCUGCCAUAACGGCUCAGAGUCCUUACCGUCCGUCCAGUGUUAUUCCUGAUCCAUUUGGUUCGGUGGCUCCUGUCAUCGGGAAUCCUCCUUACAGUCCAGUUUCCAGCGGAGGAUCGUCCUAUAAUCCCAGUGCAGGAUCGUCCUUUAAUCCCAGCCCAGUGGCAGCUACGCAAACUCCCUACAAACCAAUAACGAUAAUUGAAAGCCCAUCGUACAAUCCUAGUUAUCAGGGAUCCAGUUCGUACAAACCUAGCAGCUCUGUAGGGUCUCAGGAAGGUUAUGAUUCCGUCGUUGUCAAUGCCCAAGGAUACGACCAGCCAUCAUCCUACAAACCGUCUUCUGGCAGUUACAAACCGCCGGUGUAUUCUUCGACCUAUAACAAACCCCAGUCUUCAAAUUAUCAGCCGUCAUCUAGUUAUUCUGGUCAAAACUCGUACCGUCCAAUAACUGUCCAAGCUUCGAUUCAAGAAAUUCCGAACAGUGCUACCAACUAUCCAUCCAGUUCACAAAACAGACCCAGCUUUUAUUCGGCAUCUUCGGAUAAGGUGACGUUUCCGAAGGAUUAAUAUAUGAUAUUUAAACAAAAAUACUUUAAUAAAAUUAUUUAAUUUGUAUAAUUAAAUAUUUCUUUAACCUAUGUAAUAAUGUGAUGUUGCUGUUUUCCAGUUUGAGCGCCAUAACUCAUAUUAACUGUACUCCAUAUGUGCCACCUGUGUUAUCCUGUAGCUGUUUUUUUUGGGAGCCAUCCCUAAAAUUCCAGAAUGAAGUAACAAUAUA